AUGAAAUUUCAAGUUCCCUGGGCUCCAACACUCUGUUUGUGGGCGGCCGUCGCGCCUACGGUUCUUGGAGAACCCAUUCCCGCUCCUACAGGCGAGUACAAUGUCGGCGCCAAGCGCUUCGUCGUUCCCUUCUUAGACGAGGACGACGUCGUGUGGCCCGAUGGUGUUUCGACCGAAUACCUCGUUACGUUGUACUAUCCUACCACAGACGAGAAACCUUGCCCGAAGCCAUACCUCGAGCCUGAACUUGUUGAGUUGUACGAGGAUUUAUGGAAUUACAACAUCUCCCACCUGACUUCGACUUUGCGGUGGAAUGCCUCUUAUCUUGAAAAGGGAACGGGUCCAACGCUCCUUUUCGGGCCCGGCGGUUGGGGUCCACCGACUGAUGGCAGCUACAUUGCCAUCUCUGACCUCGUCUCUCACGGAUACGUCGUGGCUGCAUUCGAUCACGUCUACGAGCAACCUUUUGUGCGAUAUCCUAACGGCACGGGUGUCUACGGCCUCUCUCCAGCUUUCACCAACUACACCCUUGCCUGGGUAGAAGAGCUGCACGCCGUCAGAGUCAGACAGCAACUCCACUUCAUUGACUACUUCCCCUCCCUGGUGGCAGAGCUCGACGCGCCUUUCAAGACCACCGACUUCGGCACGUUUGGCGUGUCUCUCGGAGGUUCCGCUGCUCUCACCUUAGCACUGGAGAGUGAUGCCGUGGCUGCCGCCAUCAAUGUGGACGGUACCAACUGGGGUCGACUGAACAGCACAUCCGACUCGGACCUAAAGAAGCCGUCGAUGAUUCUGGGCUUCGGGGGCCACAAUGCAAACUCUGACCGCACUUGGAGCAAUUACCGAGCCUGGCAGACUGGAUGGUGGCGUCUGUUCUCAGUGGACGGAAGCCUGCAUGCUGACUGGGAGGACCGGACAUAUUGGAAGAUUUUCGGCACAACGGCGACACUGGGACCCAUUGAUGGCAACAGAAUGGUCAAUAUCACGAGGACAUUCCUCAGAGCUUUUUUUGAUGAGGUUUUGCUUGGCAUUGAGCAGCCUCUUUUGGAUGCACCUUCAGGAGGUUUCCCCGAAGUGCAUUGGGACGAGAUUCACGAUGGAAAUUGA